CAACAUCCCCCACCUUUUUCUUUCUCAAUCACAUUCACACCCUUCUACACUGAUUUUCUACCUUACUCCUCUCACUUUAAGCUCAAUUAUUAUUCCACAAGCUAUGAUAUUGUUAUAGAUGUUUUCUCUAAUCAAUGUAUCUUUGCAUCUUCCAUCUCUAUAGUCACUUAAAUUCAUCAGAAUUUCAAGACUUUGAUCUCUUCUAUUCACAUUCAAAGGACAAGCUAGCAUUUCAAUGAGAACAUCCAAAUUUGCAUGUAGAGGAUUGAAUUAUGGUCUAUGCCUUUUAAUUGUUGCUGUUUGUUUACUAUUAUUUGCAACAGUUUCAAGAUUAAACAUUCCAAAUGUUUCUUAUGCCACAAACAAUGAUGUUGUUCCUAAGAAAGUUGUUGUAUCAAAAGGACAGAUUUACCCUCCUGUUUUUGCAUAUUGGAUUUUUGGCACAAAAGGAGAGAACAAAAAAAUGAUGAGAUUAUUAAAAGCUAUAUAUCACCCAAGAAAUCAAUACUUACUUCAACUUGAUGAUGCUUCCUCUGACUCUGAAAGAAUGGAUUUAGCUCUUUUAAUUAAAUCUCAUAUGGUUUUUGAGGAAUUUGGAAAUGUUAAUGUUGUUGGAAAAAGUUAUGGUAUUAAUAAGAUGGGUUCUUCUUCACUUUCUGCUUCUCUUCAUGCUGCUGCUUUGCUUCUUAAAUUGAAUGAAGAUUGGGAUUGGUUCAUUACUUUGAGUUCUUCAGAUUAUCCUCUCAUGACUCAAGAUGAUAUUCUUCACGUUUUCAUGUCCUUGCCAACGUAUCUCAACUUUAUUCAUUUCACUAACAAGACACUAAGGAAUGAGCAAAGAAACAUGAAUCAAAUAGUUGUAGACCCAAGUUUACAUUAUGAAAAAAGUACUCCACUUUACUUUGCAGUGGAAGCUAGAGAUACCCCUGAUGCUUUCAAGAUAUUUAGAGGUUCACCUUGGAUGAUUCUCACAAGAUCUUUUAUGGAUUAUUGUGUGAAUGGAUGGGACAAUUUACCAAGAAGACUUCUAAUGUUCUUUAGCAAUGUAGCAUAUCCUAUGGAAUCUUAUUUCCACACAGUCCUAUGUAACUCUCAAGAGUUCAAGAACACUAUAGUAGACAAUAAUCUAAUUUAUAGUCUUUUUGACAAUGAUCCAUCAGAAUCACAAUUACUUGAUAUGUCACACUAUGAUACAAUGAUGGAAAUCGGUGCCGCAUUUGCGCGUCCGUUCGGCGAAAAUGAUCUUGUUCUUGAGAAAAUUGAUGAUUUGGUUCUUAAUAGAAGUUUAAAUGGUUUUGUUCAAGGAGAGUGGUGUUCAAGUUCAAAUUUAGAGAUAAAUGAAACUACUAAGGUUUCAAAAAUUGAGGAAGAUAUGUGUUUGAUAUAUGGUAACAUUGAUGUUGUAAAGCCAACAAUUUUUGGCAUUAAACUUAGAACUCAAUUAGAUGAAAUUGUUAAUAGUGGGAGAUAUAGAACUAGCCAAUGUCAAUUUCAAUUGGUGUGACAAAAAAGUGUAAUAUAAUGUUGCUAGAAUCACUUUGAAAUGAAGGUGAAUUCAUUUUUAAUCCAUGUUAAUUAAAUGGGCUAUUUAGGAUUGGAAUUGAAGAUAAAUUCAACAUUGUGUAUCUUGGAUCAAAA